AAAGCAAUGUCGAAUUCUCUGCGAUGUAUCGUUUCAUAAGUCAUAGCAAGUGAAUAUUUAACAACAGGUUACCUGUUUUUCAAUUCAUAUUUUUCAUUUAUUUCGAUCAUAAUUUCAACACUCCUCCGCAGAGAUAGCGUAACCGUUAGAAAGUGUUACAUGUGUAACCUACGACGAACUGUAUGGAUAACAGGACCUGUAAAUUAGCCCAUGUGUUGCUAGCAUGUCGUUAUCACGGCAUAUCAUUUUAAUAUAUAUCUCAUUCAUUAUUUGUCGAUGAAAAUGAAGGGUUGCUUAUGAAAGCCGGCUCGUGGUCGUUGCAUCACAUGGCACCGAAGGGGGAGAAGGAGGGAGAGAGAGAGUGACUGAGACGAGGUAGCCUACAUAAACGUUCACAACUAUUUUUUUUUUUUUUUAAAAAACGUCCUCAGCAACCCCUGCUGCAACCCCUGCUUCCAUAUGGAAUUGAAACAAUGGAAAUAACAUAAUAUGAAAGACAAAGCACAUAAAAGGGGUGUGUGUGUGUCUCUGCCACAACCAGUGAUGACCGACCAGCUGCCUCCACAGCAAGGAGACCCACUGCUGAAUACAUUCCACCAAGGGAGCCUCCCCAACGGGAUAAAAGCCUCCAAAGACGGCCUCCAUGCCAGGGGACAGUGGGCCAGCAAGGCGGAGUUCCUCCUGGCCGUGGCGGGUCAGAUCAUCGGCCUGGGCAACGUCUGGAGGUUCCCUUAUCUCUGCUACAAGAACGGAGGAGGUGUGUUCUUCGUGCCCUACAUGUUGUUCCUGGUGCUGUGCGGGAUCCCCCUCUUCCUCCUGGAGACCUCACUGGGACAGUUCACCAGCCUGGGGGGGGUCAGCGCCUGGAGGAAGAUCUGCCCCUUAUUUGGAGGUCUGGGCUAUGCCAGCCAGGUGAUGAUCCUGCAUGGCUGUGUUUACUACAUCGUCAUCCUGGCCUGGGCCCUCUUCUACCUCUCCCACAGCUUCCAGGCGGUGCUGCCCUGGUCGCACUGCAACAACACGUGGAACACAGAGGCGUGUGUGGUGUUUGAACGCCACAACCAGACAACCAUCGGGAGCAGCCUGCCAGAGAACGCCACCUCUUCCGUCAUGGAGUUCUGGGAGCGAGAAGUACUCCGUCUCUCCAGCAGUUUAGACGAGCUGGGUCCAAUCAGCUGGAAGCUCGCUCUGUGUCUCGCCAUCGUCUGGCUGGUGUGUUACUUCUGUGUGUGGAAGGGAGUCAAGUCUACGGGAAAGGUGGUGUACCUGACAGCCACCUUCCCGUACGUCAUGCUGUUUGUGCUGCUGAUUCGCGGGGCCACGCUGCCCGGAGCCACGCAGGGCAUCAUCUUCUACCUCAAACCCAACAUCACCCGCCUGGCAGACCCACAGGUAUGGAUGGAUGCAGGUACCCAGGUAUUUUUCUCAUACGGAAUCUGUUUGGGGAGUCUCACGGCCCUCGGCAGCUACAACAAAUACAACAACGACUGCUAUAAGGACUCUUUCCUCCUGUGCCUCCUGAACAGCAUCACCAGUUUCCUGGCAGGUUUCGCCAUCUUCUCCGUGCUGGGCUUCAUGGCUGAAGAGCAGGGGGUGGACAUAGCCUCUGUGGCCCAGUCAGGGCCUGGCCUUGCCUUCAUUGCCUACCCGAGAGCGGUUGCGAUGAUGCCUGUACCCCAACUGUGGGCCGUGUGCUUCUUCCUUAUGAUCAUCAUGCUGGGGCUGGACACACAGUUUGUGAGUCUGGAGGCCCUGAUGACGUCGGUGACGGACCUGUACCCUAAUCUGAUCCGACGGGGUCACCGCAGAGAGCUGCUGCUGCUCUUCAUCUGCAUCAUCUGCUUCCUGCUCGGCCUGGUCAUGGUCACGCCCGGGGGUCUGUAUGUGUUCCAGAUCUACGACCAUUACUCCUGCAGUGGAGCCAGCCUGCUGCUGCUCUCCAUCUUCCAGUCGCUUGCCAUCGGCUGGAUAUACGGAGCCGAGCGCUUCAGUUCCAACAUCAGGGACAUGACCGGCUAUAGCCCCCUGCCCGUAUUCAAGCUGUGCUGGAAGUACCUGACCCCGGCCGUGUGCUCUGCCACCUUUGUGUUCUCCCUGGUCAGCUGGUCUCCAUUAAACCUGGGGAGGGGUCUGGUGGCUCCGGCCUGGGCCACAGCGCUGGGCUGGCUCCUCACGCUCUCCUCUGUCUCCCUGCUCCCCAUCUGGGCCAUCUACGCCCUGGCCACCACCCCGGGAACCCUGUCACAGCGCUUCCAUCGUCUGUGCAGCCCGGUUGAAAUCUCCUCCCUGGCCCUCCACUACUCCCCCUCUGGGCCCCCCUACAUCCCGGCCCUGCCUCUGAGAGAGAAGCAGAAGGAGCCCAUCACAGACAUCCUCCAUGAUCGUUUGACCUGAACAAAAAAAUGCCGGACUUACAUUGGAUGCUGGUCAGCCAAUCAGGUGUGGCGAAGGGUUGAGGUUGGAGGGUAUCGCUGCUGGGUGCCAAUUAGGGGCUGGCUCCCCAUUUCUACACUUAAUAAGUUUAAGCUGACCACAGAGGCCUGUCAAAAAAAUUAUUUGAAUAUGAACCUUUUACAGUUGAACCUGUUUACCACACAUAUCUGAAUGUUUUUGCAUAUUUACCAUCGUGCUGAAGUGGAACAUCACACUUAAAGAGGCCCUUUAAAGGGGGUUUCCCUUUCCUGUAGUGUGUUCUAUUGGUUUGAAAUCCCAAUGUUCCCUGCCUUAGACGCCUCCAUUGGACUCCUUUGUUUACUUCCUGAAUAUAGUAACAUCACUAUGUAACACUCACACUUCUAUUGGCUAGCGGUCCAACACAUUGUACGUAAUAGGCUAAGGGGCGGGACAUCGCUAAGCGGUUGACCAAUCACAACAGAGCUGGACAGCUAACCAAUCAGAGCAGACUGGGCUCUGGUUUCAGACAGAGGGUGAAAAGAGGUGCUGCAGCAAUGAGGAAAAUAAAGAGCUUUUUGAACAUUAAAGCAUGGAGACAUGUCACAGUAGAGACACUACAUACUGAUAUGAACCUGACAAUAAUCAUAAAAGGGCCCCUUCAAUGCGAACGCCACCUGAAUGCACUCAGCUUGCUUUACCCUUAGCACCUUGAAACCAGCAACCAAUUAUAAAACACAACACUCCUAAACCUUAUCUGCUUCUUUUGAAUCACUCGUAAACCAUUUAAUCACUACUCCCAUCCGAGGCCCAGGAGGCUGAUUCAUUAUGUUCUCUAUUCCUAAUGGCAUUUCUGAGUGAGUUGGCCUCCCACUUUACUCUCUAUGAGAGAUCACUGCAUGCUUAACAUGUGUUGUUCUGCUCGGGUACUGCUCACCUACAAUGACGCUAAGAGUCAGGCAUUCACACAGUGAUUUGCCCGGAUUAUUUUUCACCAUUUCCUAGUUGACAAAAUGAUUGAACCUUUUCAUAUUAUAUUUAUUCUUAAGGUAGAGUUGUUUUAACUUUUGUUUUGUUAACGGCUGUCUCAAAUGCACAAGUCUAAAUUGCAGUUACUGCUGAAUAAAAGGCGUUAUUACAAUAUCUCUGCACUGUACCAAAAAACAAUUGACUAUUUAUCAACAUGCAAUCAUGUGACAAAAUCUGCAUUUAUUUACACAAUAUUGAAAUAUUGCUGCUGCUGCUGUGUAGACAACCAGUUAUACAUUUCUAAUUCUAAGCCCAAACAUAACACACUUAUUUUUAAAUAGCUGCCCUGUAGAGGACAUGAAGAAAUUGGCGCUAUGCAGAGUAGGUAUGUUUUUUUAGAAGAAAAUGAAUUGUGUGAAUGUUGAAAAAUCAAGUCUGUUUUGUAGAGUUGUGUUAUCGAAUCGCAGGAAUAGACAUUGCGUAAAAUAAUAAUUGCAUUACCUUUCAUAUAUCAUUAACUAGACUUUCACCUAGAGCUGAAUGUAUACUAUUCACUAAAUCCAGAAGGCUAAGUGACAUUUCUUUUCUUUUUUUUAACAUACAUUUGAACACUGUUUUUCUUUGCACUGCCUUUCCACCUCUGAGACUUAUUGCACCUGUUUUCUUUUCAAAGACUAGUUAAAAUGCUCUGUUUACAGGUGUAUACAUAUGGUGUAUACAUGUGCCUUUUAUUUGACUUUCUUUUGUAUGUGUACAAUUAUUGUCUUUUUUUAAUGAACAUAUAUAUACUGUGAAUACAAGCGUUGGUGUUGA